UAUUCUUGCGGGACUUUUUUAUAUUUUAUUUUUUGACUUGUAAUUAUUUAUAUAACUUCGAUUUUGUUAGUCCACUGAAGUAAGGCAGCCUCACUGAUCACCCCUUCAAACGUUCUGGUUUGAUUACCCGACCAGCUUUCCUUCUCUAUCUUCCUGGUUUAAAUAUAUACGAAUAUUGCUAAGCAGGAUCAGAGGAAAGAGAAAUGAUUGAGCAUCAUAUGAUGCUACACACUAAGGUCGUUUUGUUCCUGCUUCUUCUUCUUUUCUGUCAGCUGCUUGGUUAUGGAUUCCACAUCCGAAAGGAUCCUGCAUAUACCCGUUGUCCAUCUUAUAGUCCAGUUUGCCGUUGUCCAGUGUAUAGUCCAUAUUGCGAUUGUCCAGCGUACAGUCCAAAUUGCGGCCGCUCAUCCACGGAUAAGGUACAAAAUUGCAGUAAUCCUGGAACGUUGCCAUGUGAUGAAGCACAUGCUCUUGUUAAAUUCGUAGACGAGUUGAAAUUACCAUCAGCACCACGCAUUACCGCCGAUUGCCGUACGAUGGACUACAAGGAUAUUACGAUUCGAUGUAACUGCUCCAACUCCAACGAGAAUAAUAGCACUGUCUGUCAUGUCACUUACAUGUCUACUGCUGUUCUAGAGUUGAAAGGUGGAAGGAUCGAUCAAAUUGUAUCUAUGCUUACUUACUUGGAGGAACUUGAUUUGGGCUCCAACCAUCUUCGUUGUGUUAUUCCUGAGUCCUUGGGCAAUCUGAAGUCUCUGGUUAGGCUCAAUCUGAGAAAUAACUUCCUCAAAGGCCCCAUACCUUUGUCAUUGGGGAACUUGUCAUCACUCAAGAUUUUGAAUUUGAACAACAAUAGGUUAUCAGGUGGAAUUCCUAAAGAAUUGGGCAACCUCUCUCAUCUGAUUAGAAUGUGUUUAGAAGAGAAUCAGCUCACUGGUAAUCUUCCAUCGGAACUUGGAAACUUGAGGAAGCUUGUACAUCUUGACUUGAGUUCCAACUAUUUGGAUGGAAUUUUGCCUCCAAGUUAUAGCGAGCUUAAGUCUCUACAACUUUUUGGAGUAGCUGGGAACAAAUUGAACGGUCAGAUGCCAAAAUUCAUUUCAAAAUGGACCAAUCUCACUGAUCUGUAUCUCAUGGGAAAUGAUUUUGAAGGGCGCGUGCCUGGUGAAAUUUUUACAAUGAAAAAUCUCGAAUCUUUGUGGGUUAGUGACCUAAAAAGCAGCACUGGUUUCUCUUUUCCAAAAAAUAUAAAUAUGCCGUCAAUAUAUGAAAUGAUACUGAGGAGCUGCUCACUUAAUGGCUCUAUUCCUGACAAUCCUGGCGUUUGGCCACAGUUAACUUACCUGGAUUUGAGCUUUAAUCAGUUGACUGGUGGAAUCCCAAAAACCAUGAAGAAUGUGACGACGAUGAUUUUGACUGAAAAUAUGCUUCAAGGAUCAAUCCCUCCCAGUCCCUUCCCUGAUGACAACUGGGAUCUUUCUUACAACGAUUUCUCAAUUCCACCGAGCAAGGAUUCAGAAAACACAAAGUCCCAUGGACCAGAGCCAAAUAUCAAACCGAGCAGGUAUUAUACUCUUGAAGCGAAAACCAACUUUUGUCAGGGGAAAUCAAAGUACGAUUCCUUGUUCAUAAAUUGUGGAGGUGCAAAUUUAAGUUCUGACGGGAAACAUUAUGAUAGCGAUACAUCAGUAGCCAAGUUCUAUGAAGGUCCGGAAAACGUUAGAGGCAAAAGAUGGGCUUAUGCUUGUUCUGGAGAAUUCUUAUCAUCAACUGCUAAUUCAAGUGAUUACAUAAAGAACAAGACGUGUGGAGUUUCAGGGGAGUCUUUGCAUGAAACAGCUCGCCUUUGCCCUGUGUCUCUCACGUAUUACGGGUUCUGUUUACAUAAGGGAGAUUACAAUGUAAAACUUCACUUUGCUGAAAUUGUUUAUGCAAUGGAUGAAGAUUAUAGCAGCUCUGGAAAACGUGUUUUCGACGUGUAUAUUCAGGGUGAGAGAAAGCUAAAAGAUUUCAGCAUAAAGGAUGACGCUAAGUAUCCUAAUACAGCAAUCUCAAAAGAAUUCGUGGCAACUGUAAAUGACAGUUUGCUGGAGAUCCGUUUUCAAUGGGCUGGCAAGGGAUCUAUAUACAGCAAACCACUCCUCAAUGGACCACUUGUCUCAGGCAUUUCUGUGACUCCAAACUUCACAAUUACGGGAGGCAAUAAACUAUCUACUCCACAGAUAGUAGGAAUCACAGUAGGUUCUGUAUUUGCUCCAUUUCUUCUAUUAGCUUUCAUGUGGCAAAUGGGCUGGCUAGGAAACAGAGAGUUGCAAGAAGUACAUGUAGAUGUCGAAGACAGAAGUUUCACCCUCAAACAAAUCAUAGAUGCUACUCAAAAUUUUAGCCCUGAUAUGGUGAUUGGUAAAGGACGUUUUGGGGUAGUGUACAAGGCUGAACUGUCAGAUCAGAAUCAUCAGAUUAAAUUUGCGGUGAAGAAGAUUUCUCCUGAAUCAAUGCAAGACAAGCUUAAAGAUGAAUUACAUGGGGAGAUUUUUUUCAAGCAGAUGAAAAGCUUGAAACAUGAGAAUGUAAUUCAGCUGUUUGGUGGUUAUUCGAGAAAAGACCUUCAUCUACUAAUAUACGAAUACAUGGAGAAAGGCUCCCUUCAUCAAGCCUUGUUUGAUCCAAAUUCCAGAAUAGAACUUGAUUGGAAAGUUAGAUUUGAUAUCUGCCUGGGAUUAGCAAAAGCUUUGAAGUAUCUGCAUGAAGGGGAAGGAAAUGGACUCAAGAUUCUUCACAGGAAUAUAAAAGCCAGUAACAUUUUGCUUGAUAAAAAUUUCACUGCCAAGUUAACGGACUUUGGAUGGGCAAGGGUUUAUAAUCAGGAAGAUCCAUUUAUGACUAUCAAAGCCGGAGGGGCAAGAAUAUAUGUUGCACCUGAGUAUGCACUGGGCCAACCUAUCACCGAUAAAGCUGAUGUUUAUAGUUUUGGAGUUGUGGCACUUGAAAUAUUCAGUGGGAGAGCUAGUAUAGAAAAUAAACCAAAUCAGGAAUCUGCUAUUCUUAUAGAUGAUGCUCGUAUUGCACAUGCAAAGGGAAGGAUAUAUGAUUUGGUUGAUAGGAGACUAAUCAAUUACGAUCGGAAGAAGGCCUUUAAUAUUCUGAAAUUGGCGGUUAUGUGCAUCAAUCCAACCGCGGAUCUUAGGCCUACAAUGUCUGAAGUAGUAAGUGUACUCGAAGGGGAGAAAACGAUUGAUCAGGUAUCCAAAGUCCAAAUUUCCUGAGGGGAUUCCGGAGCUUUCUUUUUGUACGUUUUCAAUAUGCUUUUCUUUCCUUGUUUGUCGCAUGUAUUGCUGUGUGAUUAUGUAUAAUUUUAUGCUAUUAGCAGAACUUGCAUAAUGUUAAUAGACGGUUCUAAAACAUAUGGGUCAGCGGACCCGUUUGCCUUAGCCACCUAUAGUUUUCGAGCUUUGAAUGUUGGUUUCUGAGUGAUUUGGGACUCUGAAUCUAUCCCCUUGUUGUUGUCUCCUUUCCCUGUACUGCAAUGUUUUGUAUAUUAAUGAAUAUCUAUAUUUGAGGAGGAAAAAAAAGAGAUUGAUAGGAAUUGAUUGGA